CGGCCAAUGGGAGAGGCGGAGACGAUUUAAAAGCUGGCGGCGGGAGGGCGGUGCCUCAUAGUCAGCGCCGCUACUGCAGCCGGGGGACUUGCUGCUGCCCGCCCCAGAGUGGUCUCACCAGCCUGAAGAUGACAACUCUAAUCUUCUUAGAUAAGGAGAACGGUGAAGUUGGUGCUGCUAAGAAUCAAUUAAGACGCCCUUCAGGAUCAUCAAAAGUCUUGUCUGAAAGAACUCAAGUCAGUACGCCACUUCCUAAAAAAACAAUUAAAACAUCUCCAGCCACAUCACACUCUGUCAGAAAGGCUCUUGGAAAUGUGAAUAGGACUGUAGGAGUCACAAGCAAGAAAGAGCAGAUGAGACAGAAAAAUCAACCUUGCACUGCAAAGAAAGUUGCUGAAAAGACUGCUGGAUUAGAGAGCCAGGAUGUGAUACUUGAAGAACCCUUCCCUGAAAUAGAAAAAAUAUUUUGCUAUGAUCCUGGAGACUUUGAGAAUUUUGAUCUUCCUGAAGAGUACAGAGUAAGUGAUAUCAACCUGUAUGGUGCUCCUCUCCAGAUAUUUACAAGCACCUCUGAAAAACCUCUGAACAUGGUUCCUUCACCUGUGAAGACUGAAGAGAUGUCAUGGGAGUCUAACUUGCUACAAUCAACUACUGACUUCAUUUCUACACUGGAUGAGAUCAUUGAUAUGCCACCUAUGAACCUAUGAGCUUUAAAAGCAUAUUCUGAAGUUUCUGUUGAGUUCUAUAUUUUUAAUUAAACUUUUAAUAAAGGCUAGUUUAAUGUGUGUAA